AUGUGGAUAAGUAGCCAUGAUGGGUACUUCCUACCACAGAUCAAGGUAAAGUCGGAUCGAGCUUGGACGAAGGCCAUUGAGACCGUUCCGAAGUCAGUUUGUUCGAUUGGUUUAGGUGGUUUCCGGUAUCGCGUAUUUGCCGUGUCGUCCCCUAUGUCCGGAGAAUCAGCCAUAGAGGAUGGUAGUCCAUUAUUGGACCAAGUCAAACUGACUUACAAUCGUAUGCUUUCCCAGGGAGAUCCUCGAGUAUCCGAUUGGGCCAUGAUGGCCAGUCCAAUGCCAACCUUUGGCAUUGUUGGCUUCUACCUCUUCGCAGUUUGGUACGGCAAAAAGGUCAUGGCUCAGCGUUCGUCUGGCUUUGAGAUUCGUAACAUCAUGGUCUUUUACAACUCCUGCAUGGUGCUCCUCUCUCUCUGGUUGGUUUACGAAUUCAGCGUAGCCGGGUGGAUUUUCGGCAGUUACACUCUUGGCUGUCAACCCGUUGAUCCAUCUAUGCAUCCCCAGGCUCUCAGAAUGGCCCGUGCCUGUUGGGUUUUCUACAUCAGCAAGCUGAUUGAACUCGCUGACACUUUCUUCUUCGUCCUUAGGCGCAAAUUUCAGCUCAUCACCUUUCUUCAUGUAUUUCACCAUGCCGUUAUGGCGGCUUCUUGGUGGUUCGGCGUCAAAUUUGUCCCUGGUGGUUUUAGUACGUUUCAUGCCCUAAUCAACAGCUUUAUUCACGUGUGGAUGUACACUUAUUACGCACUGGCUGCUGCUGGUCCGCAAUUCUAUCCCUACUUGUGGUGGAAAAGGUAUAUGACGACGGCACAAAUCCUCCAAUUUGUCCUUGUGAUAGCGCAUACCACCCAACUGUUCUUCUUCAAGGACUGCGACUAUCCCAUCCUCUUUGGCUGGUGGAUCUUGUCCUACGCCUUCAUCUUCCUCAUCCUCUUCUCUCACUUCUACUACCAAACCUACAUAAAAGCCCACAAGAUGGCUGUGGCCAAAUCGACUGAUGGCGAAAAGGCAGACACCGGAGAUGGGAAGGAGAAUGGGACCAAAGACAAGACAGAUUAA